GCGGCUGUCAGCGCUGCCCGGUGGUGGAUGUGGACUUUAAAGCAGUGUCUCAACAUUUCAUCCUCAACUGUCUUUUUUUUAAUCCGAUUGCACUACCCAAGAAAAGCUGCUAACGGGAGAAAUGUUGAGACGUUACCAGAACUGACUUGAAGCACCAAAAGCCAUUAUUACCGAUCCAGAAGAGCUUGAAGCUAAGCCUGUAGCUGACCAGUCCGUAUCGCAUCCGCAGGAACAGGCAUGGCAAGUAAACGAAAAUCAACAACGCCGUGCAUGGUCUUAGCCAACGAGCAGGAUCCGGACCUGGGGACGGUGUCGGACGUGGAGGAAGGGCCGCCCGCAGCGGCGCCGGCAGAGAACAACCCCGUGGCAGAGAGCGCCACGAGCGAGGAGGACGCGCACGAGUGCGUGGAUUCAGACAAUCAGAAGAACGCCAGUAAAGUCGAAGGUGGCUACGAGUGUAAAUACUGUACUUUUCAGACUCCCGAUCUCAACAUGUUUACUUUCCACGUGGAUUCGGAACAUCCCAACGUCGUGCUGAAUUCGUCCUACGUUUGCGUGGAAUGCAAUUUCCUUACCAAAAGAUACGACGCGCUCUCAGAACACAAUCUGAAGUACCACCCCGGCGAGGAGAAUUUUAAACUGACCAUGGUGAAGCGUAACAAUCAGACAAUCUUCGAGCAGACUGUCAAUGACCUCACUUUCGAUGGGAGCUUUGUUAGAGAAGAAAACGCCGAGCAGGCUGACCCUGCCGAGGCCCCCUCGUCGGGGAUCUCCAUUAGCAAGACGCCCAUUAUGAAGAUGAUGAAAAACAAAAGCGAAACCAAACGCAUUGCUGUUUUCCACAAUGUCAUCGAUGACAUUCCUGGCGAAGAAAAGGGAACGGAAAAUGAGCCAAACUCGGAAGAAGCAGGAGAGAAGCCACCGCCGGCGGUUUCCGAGUCCAAAGCAAGCCACUCGGCCGUUUGCAGCGCAGCAGACGUGACGAGCACGGUGGUGACCCCAGCGCCGGUGCUUCAGCCCGGGGUGGCACAGGUCAUCACGGCUGUUACAGCUCCGCAGAACUCCAACCUGAUCCCCAAAGUCCUGAUCCCUGUAAAUAGCAUUCCGACCUACAACACCGCUCUGGACAACAACCCUCUUUUGCUCAACACCUACAACAAAUUCCCGUACCCGACCAUGUCAGAAAUCACUGUGCUCUCCACUCAAGCGAAGUACACAGAGGAGCAGAUCAAAAUCUGGUUUUCUGCCCAGCGUCUGAAGCAUGGUGUGAGCUGGACGCCGGAGGAAGUGGAGGAAGCGAGGAGGAAGCAAUUUAAUGGCACGGUGCACACAGUGCCGCAGACGAUCACCGUCAUCCCAGCGCACAUUUCUGCCGCUAGCAAUGGGCUACCUUCGAUUUUACAGACGUGCCAAAUAGUCGGUCAGCCAGGCCUUGUUCUCACUCAAGUCGCAGGUGCCAAUACCUUACCGGUGACAGCCCCGAUAGCUCUGACUGUAGCGGGAGUCCCAAACCAAACCCAACUGCAGAAGAGUCAGAUCCACACCGCUCAGCCCGUGGCAGAAACCAAGCAGGUAGCUGCCGUGCCUGCCCCUCAGCCGAUCAAAAAUGAAACUGCCCUAAUGAAUCCCGAUUCCUUCGGCAUGCGGGCCAAAAAAACAAAGGAACAGCUGGCAGAAUUAAAAGUCAGCUACCUGAAGAAUCAGUUCCCUCAAGAUUCAGAAAUUAGCCGGCUUAUGAAAAUAACAGGCCUGACUAAAGGAGAGAUCAAGAAGUGGUUCAGUGACACGCGCUACAAUCAGAGGAACUCAAAGAAUAACCACGGGAUUCAUCUCAACAGCGAUUCGUGUGCCACCAUUGUUAUUGACUCGAGUGACGAAAUGAACGAGUCCCCAACGGGAGCCACUCCCCAGAGCAAGUCCUCGUGGGGUGCAUUUCCCGACUUCACCCCGCAGAAGUUCAAGGAGAAGACAGCUGAACAGCUGCAAGUCCUCCAGGCGAGUUUUCUUAAUAACCCUGUCCUUACAGAUGAGGAGAUGAACAGGUUAAGAGCCCAAACCAAACUGACCAGGAGGGAGAUCGAUGCCUGGUUUACAGAAAGACGGAAGUCGAAUGUCUUAAAGGAAGAGGGAGCCGAUGUGAACGAGAGCAAUGCCAGCAGCUCAAAAGAGGAGGCUGGAGAAACAUCCGUGGGAGACGGAGCAGCGGGACCAAAAUCGGGGGGCUCCGCUUCCAGCAAAAUAGGCAAAAAAUCCCCAGAGCAGUUGCACAUGCUCAAAAGUUCAUUUGUUCGCACUCAGUGGCCAUCCCCACAAGAGUACAACAAGCUGGCAGAAGAAACGGGGCUCCCAAGGUCAGAAAUUGUGAGCUGGUUCGGCGACACUCGCUACGCCUGGAAAAACGGUGGGCUGAAGUGGUAUUACUACUACCAGAGCGCCAACGCGGGCAGCCUGAACGGGCAGGGCUUCGCGAGGAAGAGAGGGAGAGGAAGACCAAAAGGGAGGGGGAGAGGAAGGCCUCGAGGGAGGCCUCGGGGGAGCAAGAGGUUAAACUGCUGGGACAGAGGCGUGUCGGUGAUAAAAUUCAAAACUGGAACAGCGAUCCUGAAGGACUACUACAUGAAGCACAAAUUCCUUAACGAGCAAGACCUCGAUGAACUGGUAGCCAAAUCGCACAUGGGGUAUGAGCAGGUCCGAGAGUGGUUUGCAGAAAGGCAAAGGAGGUUAGAACUUGGGAUAGAGCUCUUUGAGGAGAACGAGGAGGAAGACGAAACGCUGGAAGAUCAGGAAGAUGAGGAAGAAACAGACGAUAGCGAUACGUGGGAACCGCCCCGACAUGUUAAGCGUAAACUCUCCAAAUCCGAUUGAUGCACGGUUUGGGAUCUGGGAGCCAAAAACCUGUGAAUUAGGUUUGAUCUGAUGCUGAAGAGCCAAACCAUUUUUCCUGGCCUUCGGUUUUAGCAAGCACCUGCAAAGCAUCUCCCUUGCACCCGGGAGAACACGGGCAAGAUGCGACCCGUGCAGGUGGCCAGCGUUUGCUUCCUUGCUACCAGAGGUGGACAUCCUCAGGCCCAGCCUAGGACAUGGGGUUACAAAUCAGCUCCAGUUCAGCUCCUCCUCUUCUGUGUUACCGAUGGGAAGGUUCAUCAUACACAUGACUGCUUCUCAAUAUUUCAUUGCCUUAUGUUGUUUGAUUCCAAAAAACCACAAACCACCACAGACGCAUAUUUUUUUGUUGUUGUAGGAGAACAUUGCCUGCUCGCGAAGGAGGAAAAUACAAAAACCUAGGAUGUGUUUUUGCAAACAUCACUUCACCUGAAAGGUUUCAAGGCCUGGGUUUAUUUCUUAAGGAAAGGAUUCAAAACAAAAGAGAAGGGGAAAAGUGUGACAAAGGAACCAAUGAACCUAGGGGUGAGGAUUGCUUGGUUUAAGAAAACGAGGCGAUAUUGCACCUUUUGCAUAUCUUCAAAGUGUUUUGGGUUUACAGAGCUUGUGCUGAAAUGUUUCUUGCUGAUAAUUAUGAGCUAACUGAACGAGUUUAAUGCUAGAAGAUGCUUUUCGUUAAAUUUAAUCAGUGUAUCCUACAUCAAUUUAAUUUAAAUGCCUGACAGACUUGAUGCAGUUGAUAGCAACAUUCAUUUUUAGCUUAUGCAUUCUUUACUUUGUUGGAAAAUGGUAAGAAAAGUAUUUAUGUUUCUAGCUAAAAAGACUAAUUUCUUGAAAUCUUACACUGUAUUUUAAGGUGAACACAAGGCAGAACCUGCCUCUUUCCAUUGGGUCAGCGUUGCUUACGGUCGUGUAAGAAUACACAGAGGCGAAAAGCGUCUUCAGGUGCUAGUAAGAAAGGGUUUCAAGUAAGUUGUGGCAACGACCUGCUUUAUAAUUCUCAAACGAAAUGAAGUUAUGUGGCUUUUAGGUGGUUAGGCACGAUAAACACAGCGGUGUUUGCUUGUUCUCUAGCGAUAGCCCGGCUGAAUGUUUCACGUGCAAGUUUAAGCUAAAAUUCAGCCUCGUGGAUUGAGCUUGCCACUGUGCUGGUCGCUCUUAGGGCUGCGGGGUGAACACACGUAUUUAUAGGGAUGGUUCGAUCUGCUUGAACUCCAGAAGCAGUCAAAUCUGAUAGGGAGCAUCUGCAUCUUGGAUGAGUGUUUAUAUUUAAAGAAAAGAAAGGAAAAGAAAAGAAAAAAUGGUCUCGAGGCAAUGAAGUCUUCGUAGCGUUUGGAUAACCAACUAAAGAACAGGGGGCCAAAUUCACAGAAGUUUAGGCAGAUACCUGGCAUUGUAGAGGAGUGGUACUCCAAGGAGGAGUAGUUUGUGUCCGUACCACUGUCAGUCUGCAUUUUUUAGGGGUAAGUUGCUUUAUAUUUAGGUGUCUAAAGAUGCUAAUGAACUGGUGCUGCUGUAAGCAGCGUUGUCUGCUUUUCCAUGGGCACUAACAGAGUGCACGCUAGCCAUCUCCUUUCCAAAUCUGUCGACCUCUUCUCUGUAGGCAUUUGCAUCUGUUGACCUGUGAGGGAAAGAUUAGCGUAGAGAAAAUGUGUCCUGAUGUUUCCGCAUCUCCAAGAACCUAAUCUAGAAUUAUUCUUUCUUCCUUGUUGUGAUAACUGUCAAAAGACCAAGGAAAUCUUUUCAGUGAUGAUUUUCCGAAGCAGAGGAGCUCAUAUUAAAUGUGAUUUUCCUGCCAGAUUGUGGCUGAAACCUGGGUCAGAACAAGAGAGGGAAUAAUGUCUGACAAAUGUCUGUGAGCUGGUGUAGGAGAGGUCAGGAUCUGGCCUCCCCAGCACGGGCUGCUGCGGGAGGUUGGGAGCUGUGGCUUGGCAGGUGAUGGGGUGGGUGAGGCUGUUGGGGAUAGCACAAAGUCAAGGAAAGAUUUGCAUUAGCUUCAAGCUCCACUGGGACCACAGGGUCAGAAAUCAAUGCUUGAUGGGUGGGAAAGGACAGAACUAGUAGGGGAAGAGAUGCUAUUUUUAAGUUUCUAGAAAUAUUAAAGCAAAUCCUUAAACUCCUUGGGAAUAUGCCUCCAACAAGCGAGUUCUGGACUUGCCUUCAACCUUAAGGCUGAGCCAGAAUUCAUUUAAAAACAAACAAACAAACAAAAAAACACCCAAUCAACCUCUAUAAGCAUCUUCAUUUUUGUUAGCAUUUAGUUUAUUACUAAAUCUAACCUUCUUUAAAAGAUGCAAAAAAAAAUAAAUACAAAGAUCCAAGUUAAUUGUAUGAUUAAAUGGGAAAUGUUUCCAUUUUGGCAGUGCUCUGUUAACUAGCACUCAGCUACGGUGUUAGGCCUUAGCACAUCUGGUCUGAGAAAGGCAGGAAGAGGAAACACAUUGUUUAUCAGACUAAAUAUAGUUGGAUUGGACGUCUUCUUUGAGUAAAAUGGUCAGAGAGGAUGGCUGGUGUUUGCUGGACCAGAUCUUCAACUGCUGCAAACAUCAGUUCCUUGUGUUGCAUAAUAUUGUUAUAACAGCAUUCACAGCCCGUCUCAUCUCUUUGCAGAACACAGAAUUUAAAUUUAAACCACGUGCUGGGGGCCGGGUAACGAGAGGUGCAGGGUACCCACAUUUCCCUUAGGCUAGAUGCAACCUUUCGGUUGUGCCAAGGACGAGAAAAAUCUGUGUGGGUUCAGUCCUGAGAACACCAGCUGCAUGCACUCACCACUCACAAUCUGCUAUUUUAGUUGGAAAAAAGAGUCCAGGUUAUUUCACGUUUACAGCACGGGUGUAUUUGCACUGUGGGAGACGAAUUACCAGAGGCUCCUGCAGCAGAGCUGGUGGGAGGAGCACUGGAAGGAGCUGGCGGCAUGCUGGAGGCCGAGGGAUGCUCUGCUUUGGCUGUAGCCCCUGGUCGUGGCAGCCCCGAAGUGCUGGUGGCAGGGGGUCAGCACAGAUUCAUCUCAUCUGAUCUUAGAUCUGAUCACCUGGUUGACCUGGUGCUGGUUAAUGUUGUCUCUGGGAUUUGGAUAAAGCCAGGCUGAAGGCAGGCAGUGUCACGGCCGCCGAGGCGCUCGCUGUCCCUGCAUCAUGCUGCUUCACCGCACGUUGCGCUCUUCCGAGUACUGAACAAGCGCUGCAGUCACUUGUGUGCAGCACACAGAAAUCCCAGCUCUGACCUGAAAGCAGAUGAAAGAUAGCUGGUAGCCCGUGACUAGAUUCAGUGGAUUAUCUCUAACACCCUGCAGUGAGCCGGGCCGUUCCAUUUCUGAACCUUGUCCAGUUCCAUUUCUAGUGUUUUUUCACAGCGUUAUGUGCAAUAUGGUUGCUAGCUGUAACUUUGGUCAUCAGUAAGGAAACUCACACGAUGUCCACGUGUGACAUGAAAUAAUUUCUCUAAUGCACGGCUUGCUGACGUGGGGUGAAAGCCCCUUGUCUGCCUGCCCACCAAGGAGCUCCGAGGCAGGCGAAUGCUCUCCCUUCUCCUUCGGAGCAGAGAGAGGAUUUCUGGAGCCCAUACAAAGGGAUUCAAAGCCUGAUGCAGUCCCAUAAGCUAGAAAGCCCCAAGCUGCAGACACUCUCCUCCUGCAUCUUCCCCAGAAGUGAAAGCACAGCGGUAACUCUGACAACAAGUCUGGCUGCUGCGGAACCAAGCUGUAAGGUGGGGAGCAUUUUCCUUUUGCACUUAACGGGGCGCUGCGCAUCCAAGUCGGAUCUCAGCGUUUGCUCCUGUAAAUAUGACAGCCCCAAACCGUGUCCUCCACCACCUCCUCCUCUCUGUGUUCCUAUCUCCCAAGGAGAGAAGAUAACCCUUAAGCUUCUGUGCUAGUAAAUAUCCCCGCCCUCACCCGAAGGCACAAAAGUAGAGUGCAAUGAAAUGUAGUUACUUUUCUUUGAUUUAAUUUAUUAUUUAUUGGAAAAUACUUUUGCCUGCGUUUGGUAGGAAUGAGGAAUUAGUGAUGAGGGAGCAGUAAAACUGCUGGAAGUUGUUGGGAACGCCUGGGAUAAUCGUGUCGGGGAUGGGACAGGCAAGUGCAGGGCUCGGUUCCUGCCCUGAGCAGUGCCGGGUUCUGCCUGUCGUAUUCCCCGUCAAGCUUCUGAUGCACUGGGAUAAAGAUGUUUGGUGUGACACAAACUUACUGGGGCAAGUGCCUGCAGGUUUGGUGAGGUUUAAAAAAAAAAAGAAAAGUCCUCUCCAGAGCUAUUUGUACACACUCAAUAGUGGAAAUUUCAGCGUCAUUGUCCCACUUGUGAAAAGGGAGCUUCUGAAGCACGGGCAGCUUGCUGACAGUAUUUUCAAGCCUAAUGGUCUGAGCUUUUCUUUUGUCUUUUUUUUUUUUUUUUUCCUGCUGCAGUGAAGGGCAUCUGCACUUUUUCAGUGGAUACUCGUAGAAAAAAAAAUAAAAAAAGCCUUACCACAACAUUCAAAAUGUUGGGGGGUGGCUGAGGAUCCCGUAGCACUUUUCCUGAGUUCAGGGGGGAUUUGUCUGGCUGAGUGCGAGGCAGCUCGUCCCCAGCGCCUGCAGCCGGUCAGAGGAACUGUGCCCCAAACCCUGCCGGCUGUUACAGGCAGCUCGCAGGCAGACACCGAUCUUAGAGACAUCUGGAAUUAGGGGAGAUGAAUCUUCACCUUGCAGCGUGCUGGCUGGGAGGCAGCGCUGGUUUCUGAAGGGUUUCUGUUGUGUGAGCGAUGGUACUCGCCUCCGCUCCCUAAUGGCACGCGUGGGGAAGCGUGAGGUCUUCCUUUUGGGUUUUGUUCCUUACUCUAGAGCAGGUGGCACUCCAGCGGUGGAUAACGUAGCUGAUCCUGGUUAGAGUACUGUGGCAUAAAUACGGCUUUCGGGUUGCUGAAGUAUUUAGAGAGUGUUACCAUCUGAGCAUUGGACUGUGCGUACCUAAAAGUGUGUUGAGACGUAAUAUUUGUAUCCCAAUUGAUCAAAGCGUCUCCUUAUGCUUAUUCAAUACCAGAUCCCUAUCAUGAAACUUACCCUAACGAAUCUGCUAGGAUGACAGAAGAUUCAAGCUGCCAAGUCUUCACUUGGGAGACGAAACAACCAAGCGUGAGCGCUCCGCUCUGAUUUUGCCGUGUUCCCCUUGCCUCCAGUCCCAGCUUACGGGAGCGUUCCCGAUCCUGCCUAGUUGGUUACCUGCACGUAUGCUCACCGUUUGGACAGAAAUGCACUAAAAGGAGUUGCCCUACUGGGAAGGCUUUAUAUUGUACAGAAAAUGUGGCACUAGGUACCGCUCUUCACGUGCACAGGAGAGUUAACAGGUGUCGGUUUCGUUUACAGAAAAGAUGGAGCUUUGCAAUUUCCUAUAAUAUAUUGCAAUAUAUUUAAAUGUCCUGUUUGACAUGUGAAAUGAAGCUAAGUUAAUGCGUUGUUAAUGUGUUGGAAGUAUGAGGAAGACGAUUCACUAACGACCAGCAAGGUUUUUAGAAGGUGUCCGGUAUGUAGCAGUCUGUGUGAUGUCUGGCGUACGUGCUGUUGUUAACGGAAGCAGCGAUGCUGUUCUCGUGUAGAAUGAAGCGUUUCUGAUGAGUGAUGCAAUAGCUUACAGUGUCUUUCCUUUGUAGCUGCCCAGCGUGGUGAAGGGGAAGCAAUUCUUGAAAAAGUUCAAGAGAACUGGUUAACUGUGAAUGGGCCCUAAACUUUUCGUGAAACCAAGAACAUAUUUGGACACACACAGGACUUGAAUACUCAAAAGGAUUGGAACUUAGUGUUGUGCCAAAGUUAAAACUACUGCAGUUGGCAGAAGUUCUGCACUGUAAAUAGAAGACUGAUUAAAAGACAGCUUUUAAAAAAGAAAAAAAAAAAAAGGAAAAAAAGAAAAUCAAAUUUUAAUACAGUACAUUUUUAUUCUGAUACAUAAUGGAAACAUUCUGUUUUAGACCUUUUCUGAAGAGGCUUCAGUGACCACUAGAUUUUGUCCUCUUAUAUUUUGUUUGGCCUAAUCCUAUAUGUUCUAGUAAGAUGGGCUUUACUGCCUGUGUUCUUUGAUAUGUGAUUAAGCUUAUAGCUUGGAGUGACCAAACAUUUUACAGAGUAAAAGUUCUUAGAAACAGUAUAAUGUAACUGAUAUUUCUGUGUCUUAUUUAUCAGGCUCUGCACAAACUUGGAAAGUUGUGCCGGACUUGUACAACUCAUAUAUGGGAACGCAGCAUACUUCUUGAUACUACAAACCUAAGCCUUUGUGGCGGUAUGGAUCUCGUCUUUGGAUUUAUUUUUGUUAUUUUUUUGAGGCAAAGAGAUGAAUGGAUGCUGCUGUAAAAUAUUUGUAAUAUUGCCAUUAUUGCUUUCUGUAGCAAUUACUGCUUUUGCUUCAACAGAUAAAGAAAAUAAAUCAGAGAUAGAAAAAUCCUACAAGAAGCUGGUAGAAGAAAGGAUCACGUGGGGACUUCUGAAAAUAAACUUUGUACCAAAAAAAUUUGAAACCAGAAAUAAUGGAAUAAACGUCUCCUUACUGAG